UCCGCCCAGGGGCGCGGCGGAUUGGUCAUUAGUGAAAGGUCGGCGCAGGCGGCGGUGGCGGCAAAAUGGAGGCCGCUCUGUUCAUCUUCUCCCUGAUUGAUUGCUGCGCCCUCAUCUUCCUGGCGGUGUACUUUAUAAUCACGCUCUCCGACUUAGAAUGUGACUACAUCAACGCCCGCUCCUGCUGCUCCAAGCUGAAUAAGUGGGUGGUGCCGGAGCUCAUCGGUCACACGUUGGUGUCUGUAUUAAUGCUCGUGUCCUUGCACUGGUUCAUCUUCCUCCUGAAUCUACCUGUAGCGGUGUGGAACAUCUACCGGUUUAUUAUGGUGCCAAGUGGAAAUUUGGGGGUCUUUGAUCCGACUGAGAUCCACAACCGGGGACAACUCAAGUCUCACAUGAAAGAGGCCAUGAUCAAGCUGGGAUUUCAUCUACUGUGUUUCUUUAUCUACCUGUACAGUAUGAUUUUGGCCCUAAUCAACAACUGAGAUCCAUCGGCACGGCAACAAGCAGCGGACCUUUUAAACGCGGGAGGAGCCAAAAGGAACAAGUAAAGACGAGGAGAUUGAUGCACGUGGUUUCGUGCAGAGUAUUUUUUUUUUCCCUUUUUUCAUAUUUGAACUCCAUAAUUUUUUUUUGUUGUAUUUUUUUAACAUAAAAAUAUUUUAAAAAAGGAAAGAAAAAAAAGAAAAGAAAAUCAAGUCGCUUGUGUUUUUUUUCAGGCUCUGAUUUGGGAUGUGAGAAUUUAAUGGGCCUCAAAUUAAAAAAAAAAAAGGGGGGGGCGGGAGAGCUGUUUCCCAAAGUAACCAAUCGUAGUACAGCUUUUAUUUCCUCGGGAUAUGAGACGUGAUGUGACUGGUUGCUUUGGACCUCUGCAUUUUGUGUAUUUUUUUUUUUAUAUAUAUAUAUAUAUAUAUCCAUGAUGGCCUCUUGUGUCUCCCGUUCUCGCCAUUUUUAAUCUGGAGCACUGAAAGACAUGACCAGCAUCCAGGGGGAGGGGGUCCCGUUUUUAGGCUGCACUAGCUGGGAAGUGACAUGAAGGUCCCAGAGAUGUUUACACAGCUUUAGUCCAACCUGGCGUUCUCCAGGAAAACUGCAACUCCCAGCAUGCCUUAGGCUGUCGGAGCUUACUGAGAGUUGUAGUCGUUGCAGCAGCAGCUGGAGAGCCACCAGUUGGCGAGCACUAUGGACGGCUGGUAAAGCAAUAGAGCAAUGCUGCACUUUGUAAACUACUUUUCUUUGGAGAGGAUGAUGUUGGUAGUUUUCGGGGUUCUUAGGGUGAAUUUGUACUUUACGAUCGUUGCUUUCCAUUAAAGUUGAUCUGUCCGUGGGACCUGCA